AUGUUUCUGAAGCUCUGUGUCAUUUUACAGGUGAAGACACAUCUCCAGGCUCAGUCUGCACCCAGCAUCGCAGUGGGGCAUCAGUACAAGCACCAGGGAAUGCUGGACGCCUUGAGCACAAUAUAUCAGCGACAUGGGAUGAUCGGGCUGUGGCGUGGAUCAAGCUCGGCCGUACCGAGGGUAAUGGUUGGCUCAGCUGUCCAGCUCUCUGCCUUCUCCAAAACUAAACAGGUCACCAGGGACCUGCAGCUGGUCGCACCGGCCAGUCCCCUGGAGCCCCUGGUGGCUGGGAUAGUCAGCAGCGUGUUUGCUGUUUUGGCUAUCACCCCCUUCGAUGUGGUUAGCACCCGGCUCUACAACCAGCCCGUGGACCAGCAGGGAAAGGGCUUGUUCUACACUGGAAACCUGGAUUGCUUCGCCAAGACCCUGAGGAAGGAAGGCUUUGCUGGCCUCUACAAGGGCAUGGGGGCCUCUUUUUUCCGGCUGGGCCCACACACCGUCCUCAGCCUCUUCUUCUGGGACGAGCUGCGCAAGGUUUACUGGGAGCGGUGAUGUCACCUCGGUUACCCCUCUUACCAAGGGGGGUGGGGGGGGGCGAAGCCAGUGGGACAUCGCGGUCAACUAACAUUGCAAGUCUGGAAGGAGAGCGGGGCUUGUUUAGGACGGAGGUGAAAGGUCUUCAGUCCGACAGACUAAGGGCUGUUGGUGGGAUUUGACAUUCAUUUCACAGUGGGCCUGUUGCCCUUUGACCUGUAUUAUGUGUGUGUGGGGGGACAUACGUGGUAGUCUCACUGACAAUAAUGAUUGUUGGCUUGUGCCUUGAGAUUCUGCAGCCGCUGGAAAUCCAGAGCAACGCACACAAAAUGCUGAAGGAACGCAGCAGGUCAGGCAACAUCUAUGGAGGGGAAUAAACCAGUCCUGUUGCUUUGGCAGUGCUGGGAACUUUCAGCAGCGUCAAUGGAUAGUCCUGGAGUUAUACGGCACAGAAACAGGCCCUUUGGCCCAACAGGUCUAUGUUGACCCAGUUGUCUCAGUGCGCUGGUCCUAUUUGACAGCGUCUGGCCCACAUCCCUCUAAACCUUAAACAUGAGAUUAUGCAGAUGCUGGGAAUCCAGAGCAACACACACACAAAACGCUGGAGGAACUCAUCUAUGGAGGGGAAUGAACAGUCAAGUUUUGGGCUGACCCUUUCGAAGUAUUGACUGUUUAUUCCUCUCCAUAGAUGUUGUUUGACUUGCUGUGUUCAUCCAGUGUGUAUCGCCUUGGCAACCUUGCCCCGCAGUUUUUCACAAAAGCCCUUGCCCUGAUACCUUGACCCUCUUUCCUUCCCCAGUUAUGUUGCCCGAAGACCGAUUCUGUUCUCAUUGUGAAGACCAUAAGGUCACUCAGAAGGGCAUCCGUACACUCUUGAGUUUAGUUUGAAAGCAAAGUCUGAAAUAUCCACAUCCCAGUACCAAAAAUCAAAAGGAGAACCCUGCGGGUAAAUUGAGAUUCAGAAACAUAAUAAUGUUCUUUAUCAUGCACAUGUCACAAUGUAUAGUGACAUGUGCUGUUUGUGUUAACAACCCAAGGACGUACAGGAGGCAGCUCGAGUGUCCAUAAGAUACAGGAGCAGAAUUAGGCCAUUCAGCCCAUUAAAUCUGCUCUGUCGUUCCAUCAUGGCUGAUUUAUUAACCUUCUCAACCACAUUCUCCAACUUCUCUGUAACCUUUGACACCCUAACUAUUCAAGAACCUAGCAUCCUCCAUUUUAUUUACACCCAAUGGCUUGGCUUCCACAGCCGCCUGUGGCAAUGAAUUUCACAUUUACCGCCCUCUGGUGAAAGAAAUCCUCCUCAUCUCUGUUCUAAAGGGGUGUCAUUCUAUUCUGAGGCUGUGCCCUCUGGUCCUAGACUCCUCCAUGUCCACUCUGUACUUGCUGAACAUUCCAGCGCUGACAUAAUGAAACUCACAAUGCUUGGCAAACACAACAAGCAACAAAGCAGUAAAACAAGCCCUUAUUCUACAUACGCACGCACAGACACACCGUCCCACAGCCCCAGGACAGGCCUUCUCCAGGCUCCAGUGGAGCGGCGGAUUCAUGGACAUUCAAGGCUUUGACUUUCUCAGUGGAUUCCGGUAUCCAGAAUAGCCAUCGGAACUGGAGCUCUGGACUCCUAUGUGCGGUUACAGCCACGUGGUUGGCUGUGAGGAUGCAGAUCUCCCUGAGAGAAAAUUUGGGAAGACUCUUGCGCAACUUACCAAUGUGGUGAAACAUUUGAGGAAAACGGGUUCCCAACCUUUUUUUUAAUUGUUGCUGUAGUUCCUCUCUGGCACAUCGGGCAGCAUUUUCGCUGUUUCUUUAGCAUUUGUCUGUAUUUUUUAAACGAGGUCGAGUUGCUAGCUCGAUGCUUAACCCAACACGGGUAGAAUGAGCCGUCCAGAUUCACAUCUGGGACUACUGGCCUCAAAGUCUGGUGGAAAUACCACGACACCGAUACCAUUAAGCAAGGGAUCCGUGGGCCCCAGGCUGGGAACCCGUAGCUUAGCAGAAUAAGGAGGACACUGAACAUGAAGCUUGUUCAAAUGUCAGGAACAGAAAAAUUGUUGAAUUUAGAAUUGUCUGAUACCUCAGAUAGUUAUUUAUACAUCUUGACUGUAAUGCCCAACCGGUAAUGGAUGUCUCUCAGAAAUGUAAAGUGUAAAAGAAGUUUAGUUACUAAAUGUUU